AUGGCGGGAACGACCGCCGAGCCACGUGCCGCAGCUUCGAAGCCCGUCGUUAGUAGCAGCAGCACCAGCAGCAGUGCAGUCUCCUCACCCAGGUCUGAGAAAGACCCUGCGCACCCCUAUUCCACGUGCAAGCGAGCAAUUGGAACACACAUUGUGGGACAGCAGAAGCCGCUGCUGGAUAAGACACAAGCGGCCCACGUCUCAACGCGACGCGCAGAGCAGGACGAGGAGGAGGAAGACGAGGUGAAGAAGAAGCACGAGGUUGGUGGGGUCACCGAGCUUCCGGACAGCAGUGGACGCUGCCAAGGAAUAAAACCGCAAGAGCAGGUGCAAGCUCAGGAGCUGGCGGUCGCUGCGUCUACUAUGGAGAGUGGAAAGCUUGAGCUCCAGUUGCAGCUGGAGACAGCAGAGAAAGCACAGCAACGAGAUGCAGCGACGAUCCAGGAGCUGAGUGCUGAGUUAGCGACGACAGUGGCUCGAUUAGCAGAGGGAGAAGAACGUGGGAGGAAGUGGGAGGAAGAGAAGAAGAGGUUGAUCGAGCAGGUGGAUGCAUUGGAGGACGAUAAGCAGAAGCUGGAAAAAAAGGUGGAGGAAGUAGAGGGGCUGGGUUUAGUCGUGCAGAUGAAAGUUGACGAUCUGAGGCGACAGCUUCGUGAGGCACGGCAGGAGCAGGAAGAGUUGAAACUGGAGUUUUGUGGCGAUUUUUUAUCGGCGAGUUUGAAUCAGGUGCGAAGAGGUGAUGACGAUGAGAUGGGUGUACGAGCAACAGGGAAGAGUGUGGUUGCUCGUAUGCAAGAGCUGGAAAUAGAGAUAGGUGGCUGGAAAGCUGAGGUGGGUGCUAGUGCUGAGAAGUGGAGACUGGAGCGGCAGGAGCUUAAAAAACAGAUUGACGAGCUCACGUUGGCGAAUCAGGAGGCUAGUGUGGAACUAGCAGAAGUGGCACAGAUGCGUGAACACUUGCUAGAACAUGUUGGCAUCGAUCUGACAUGUGAAAGUAUGGAGUCGUUUCUUGGUGCACAGAACAAUACUAUCCAGAAGCUUAUCGCACAGCUCUCAGCGAUAAAGGCUUCUCAUACAUAUGGCAAUUCUGUUGAAACAGAGGACUAUUGUGUACGGCUGGAGGAGCUGCAGACCAAGUACGACAUGAUGGCUUCCAAAAGGCUUGAGCAAGACAAAACAAUCGCAGAACUUUGCGCAGAGCUGAAUUGCAAGGCAGUGCACAACUCAUUCUCACACCCGCCUGAGCAUAGCAAGCGUUGGCGUGCUUGUGAGCCAAUUGUGGAAUCUGAGCACGUUUCGAGACUGGUUGAAAGUACUUGGACACAAGAACUGAAAUCUAGCGACGACUUUUCUGCCACCAAGUCUAAGAUUGAAGCUUUGGUGCUAGCGUUGCAAAUAGAUGAGCCAGCGUCUUCUGACGGUGGCAUUAAGCCUUGUCAUACUUCACGAUUAAAAGAGCUUGCCAAGUGUUUGGAGCAGGCUCAAGAUCUACUCGUUAGUGCAGCGGAGCCGAAGCAAAGGCGGCAAGAUGAAGUGACUAUUCUUCAGGAAAGGAUACAUCGACACGAGACACAGAAUCGGCUUCUGUUGGCAAAGUUGGAAGGGUGUGAAUGCGCGCUAAAAGCUCAGGGAUUUGCUGUCAAAAAGGCUGAUAAUGCUAGCGAUGAUGCUGGAAGACGCGCAUUAUCGACUGAUGAUGCUGGCUUCGUCGUGACAAACGGCGAAAUAGUAGACCGUUCCGAUGGUUUAUCUUGUGAUCUCGAGGACACACUAGACGCAACUAGAACGCGACUGCACGGCGCCUGUAAAGCUGAAAAUUUGGAGAUGACUUCCGAGGCCGCGAAGAAAGCCGAUGGUGUAUUGGAGCUGGAACAAGAUCACGACGGUUUACUUGAAGCGCACCAAACGAGUAUGUCAGAGUUAGAAGUGAUGGUUGAGCAGCUUGAUGUGCUGAAGCGCGCAAAUCAAGCACUGUCGUCAGAAAUUGCGAGUAAAACGGAUGAUCUUCGCUAUCAUUAUGAGGCAUUUACGAUGCAAAAAGAAGACUUUCGGUGCAUCAUAUUUAAUUUGGAGAGCGCUCUGUUUAGGGCUGAAAUGGAAAAUGGCAAGAUCAAACGUGACUUCGACGAUGCCAAGACUGAAAAUGAUGCGCUGAGUGAGCGGAUAGGUCGAUUGCACUCACUUGCGAACGGCAAGACGGAAUCAGAUGAAGGUCUGGCGACAGAUCGCGAGGUUGAGAAACUGCGGUCUUCAUUGGUCCAAGCUAAAGUCAAUUGCUUGGAACAAAAGCAGCAACUUACGGCUCUUGAGAAGAAGCUGGUGGAUGUAUCAAAACCCGGUGGUUUCGCCUGCACAAUAAGCAAUGCACCGCUGGACGCUGAACGGCGAGAAUUCGAGGCUGCUCUAAUCGAAAUGAUCGAAAUGGAGAAAAAGCUCCAAGUCGCAUACGAAGCAAAGCAGGGCCUUGAGUCCACGCUACAAGAGCGUAUGGAGGCAAAAGCUGAACUAGAAGAUAAGUUAUGUGCUGCGGAAGACAAGAUUGCAGAGUUGGAGCAGCAACUGGAACAGAAAGUCGCUCUCAUUGCUACAAUCGAAGAGCAACUGCAAUCAGUUGAGGAGGAACGCGAAAAGCUGUCAGAUGAGUUUGAGAAGACCAAGUCGAAGCUAGAGCGUAGCAUAGGAAAGCUAGAAGAGAAGGAGAUUGAAUCCGAGGCAUUCAAAACAACGGCUAAUAUGCUUAAGGACGAACGCAGUCGUUUGUUCAGUGAGAUUGCGCUGUUGAAGGAUGACAUCGCGAAGUCAGAAGUUCAGAAGGCAGCAUUGGCCAAUUCACAGGAGCUUGCAAACGAAGAGCUUGAAGAUCAGCUAAAUGAGCUUGCUGAUAGAAUAGCUGAGAUAGAGGCGGAAAAGCAGGAUCUUCGUGCGAGGCUCGAGGACACUGUCAUUCGGUCCGAAGAGGAUAUUCUUCAGCUGAGGGGGCGGCUGUAUAGGCUAGAGGAAGAAAAAUCUAGCAUUGAUGAUGAAAAUUUGAGCCUUGAGAGGACGAUUGAAGAUAUGGAAGUAGAGCUAGACACUCUCGAGGAGCAGAAGACAUUGCUAGAGGCAGCAAACGUUCUUAGCUCUGAACAGGUGACUCUGUUAGAGAAGCGGCUGGAAGAGGCUUCGACUGAGAUAGCCCUCGUGUCGGACGAGAAGAACGAGCUACAGGUACAGCUCACACAAAGUAUUGUUGAAAAGGAUGGAUUGUCAAGGUCCGUAUCGGAGCUCCAAGAAAAGGCUUGUGCGGAGAAAGCAGCGAGCAAACAAGUGGCAGUGGAGCUGGAGUCGCAAAUCGCAGCGAACAAAAUUCUGGAUAGCAAGAUUCGGCUUCUGAAGCAAAUGGCGGAGAAGGCGUUGCAGUCCGUAAAGGCUAAAGACGAAGAGUUAUUGGAGGCGAUGUCGCGUGCGGCUAAUUUAGUGGAGGAGCGUGAUUCAGUGAGGGUAUCACUGAAUGAAAAAGAGUCCGCCGUGGAGGCGUCACUAGUCGAAAGUGAACGACUGCAGCAGCAGGUAGAAGAGCUGACGAAAGAUUUGGAAAGCUGUCGGAUAAAGCUGUUGGAAGAGGCAAGUGCAUCUGAGGUACAGAUUUCUAAAUUGACGAGAGCCGAGGCAGAACUGUCGGAGUCGUUGGAGUCAGUUCGAAAAGACCUGGCUGGAGCUGAGUCUUGUGUAUUAAUACUUGUCGAAGAGCGGGACAAUGCAAGAAAAGAAUUAUCUGCAAAAGACUUGAAAAUAGAAAUGAUGAAAACUGCGCAAGGUGAAUUCGAGCUCUCGGUUCAGAAGCUGGAAAACGAGCUUGGUGCUCUGCGAAGAAUAAGCUCAACCGAAGCCGAAAAAAGGGACAGGAUCAUUAGUGAUCUUGAGAUGUCUAAAGAUUACGCAGAGAAAAGAGCUCAUGAGCUUCAAGAUACGCUGCUUCGGACGGAAGAGUUGCAUCAAUCGCUUCGAGAAAAGCUCACCGAAUCUGAGUGGCGAAUUGGCACGCUAGAAACCGAGCGCGAUGCCACCCGAUCUUCUUUGGAUGAGAAGGAGUCGACGCACGAGACAUUGAGCGCACUCCAGGAGGACUUGCAGAAAAGUGUGCGUGCUCUGGAGUCGGAACUGAAGGAGUUGCAUGAAUCAAGUUCGGCAGAGUUGGCAGCUGCAAACGAAACUAUCAAGAGUCUUGAGACUGCAGAAACCGAGGGAGCUGAGGUGCUGGCUUCUCUCCGUCUGGAACUAGCAGAAGCUGAAGCAUGUGUGAUGGUGCUAGUCGACGAGCGGGAUGCGAUUAAGAAAGCACUUAGCAAGCGAGAGUUAACUCUUGAGGUUCUCAGCUGUGAGCAUGGCGAACUACAGCUAAAGAGCCAAUCGGUGAAGACUGAGCUGGAUGUUUUGCGACAAAAAAGUGAAGCGAAUGCUCGAGCUGCAGAAGAAGUCGUGCAAACGUUGAAGGAGGCGUUGGAACAUACAACAGGGUCAUUAGAAUUAGCUCAAAAAGAGCUAGCAGCGUCUGAAUUACGUGUGGCUUCCUUAUCGGCUGAGUGUGAGGCUGUAAGCACAAGGAUGAUCGGAAUCGACACUGAACGCAAUUCCCUGAGUCUCCGAACUGGGGAGUUAGAGCAUCGCAUCAAAACUCUGGAGACAAAGAUAAUGAACUCAGAGACCCGGCAUGCCGAAGCGCUGAAGACUUCCGAAGAGAUGAAUUGCGCACUCAAACUUUCAGAAGCUGAAGCAAAGAAGUUGCUGGAGUCAGUUCAAAUUGAGCUAUGCAACUCUAACUCCCAUGCAAAGAUUUUGGCUGACGAGUGCGACUCCCUGAACAAUACGCUGACCCAAAAGGAAAACGAGCUACGCACCUUUUCAUCUCACAAUGAACGUCUUCAGAAACAUAUCGAGUCGCUGGAGAGGGAGCUGCAGGAGGUGCGAAGUCAGCGCGAGAGCGACGCGUGCACGGCAGAGGAGAAGAUCCGGAGUCUGAAGGAAUCGGAAGCGCAGCUGGCGGAGACGCUGGAGGCGACUCGGCAGAAACUGUCCGAGACCGAUGCGCGUGCUGUGUGUAUUGAAGAGGAGCACGAAGCUGCGCGCCAGUCUCUGAGCUCGAUGGAGGCGCAACGAGAGGCCGAAAGGAAGGAGCUGAUGAGUCUUCAGGAGCGCAUCGAGUCACUGGAGAGCGAGCUGCAGGAGGUGCGAAGUCAGCGCGAGAGCGAUGCGUGCACGGCAGAGGAGAAGAUCCGGAGUCUGAAGGAAUCGGAAGCGCAGCUGGCGGAGACGCUGGAGGCGACUCGGCAGAAACUGUCCGAGACCGAUGCGCGUGCUGUGUGUAUUGAAGAGGAGCACGAAGCUGCGCGCCAGUCUCUGAGCUCGAUGGAGGCGCAACGAGAGGCUGAAAGGAAGGAGCUGAUGAGUCUUCAGGAGCGCAUCGAGUCACUGGAGAGCGAGCUGCAGGAGGUGCGAAGUCAGCGCGAGAGCGAUGCGUGCACGGCAGAGGAGAAGAUCCGGAGUCUGAAGGAAUCGGAAGCGCAGCUGGCGGAGACGCUGGAGGCGACUCGGCAGAAACUGUCCGAGACCGAUGCGCGUGCUGUGUGUAUUGAAGAGGAGCACGAAGCUGCGCGCCAGUCUCUGAGCUCGAUGGAGGCGCAACGAGAGGCUGAAAGGAAGGAUCUGAUGAGUCUUCAGAAGCGCAUCGAGUCACUGGAGAGCGAGCUGCAGGAGGUGCGAAGUCAGCGCGAGAGCGAUGCGUGCACGGCAGAGGAGAAGAUCCGGAGUCUGAAGGAAUCGGAAGCGCAGCUGGCGGAGACGCUGGAGGCGACGCGGCAGAAACUGUCCGAGACCGAUGCGCGUGCUGUGUGUAUUGAAGAGGAGCACGAAGCUGCGCGCCAGUCUCUGAGCUCGAUGGAGGCGCAACGAGAGGCCGAAAGGAAGGAGCUGAUGAGUCUUCAGGAGCGCAUCGAGUCACUGGAGAGCGAGCUGCAGGAGGUGCGAAGUCAGCGCGAGAGCGAUGCGUGCACGGCAGAGGAGAAGAUCCGGAGUCUGAAGGAAUCGGAAGCGCAGCUGGCGGAGACGCUGGAGGCGACGCGGCAGAAACUGUCCGAGACCGAUGCGCGUGCUGUGUGUAUUGAAGAGGAGCACGAAGCUGCGCGCCAGUCUCUGAGCUCGAUGGAGGCGCAACGAGAGGCUGAAAGGAAGGAGCUGAUGAGUCUUCAGGAGCGCAUCGAGUCACUGGAGAGCGAGCUGCAGGAGGUGCGAAGUCAGCGCGAGAGCGAUGCGUGCACGGCAGAGGAGAAGAUCCGGAGUCUGAAGGAAUCGGAAGCGCAGCUGGCGGAGACGCUGGAGGCGACUCGGCAGAAACUGUCCGAGACCGAUGCGCGUGCUGUGUGUAUUGAAGAGGAGCACGAAGCUGCGCGCCAGUCUCUGAGCUCGAUGGAGGCGCAACGAGAGGCUGAAAGGAAGGAUCUGAUGAGUCUUCAGAAGCGCAUCGAGUCACUGGAGAGCGAGCUGCAGGAGGUGCGAAGUCAGCGCGAGAGCGAUGCGUGCACGGCAGAGGAGAAGAUCCGGAGUCUGAAGGAAUCGGAAGCGCAGCUGGCGGAGACGCUGGAGGCGACGCGGCAGAAACUGUCCGAGACCGAUGCGCGUGCUGCAUGCGCUGAAGAAGAAUUGAAAAUUAUGCACGCGUCGGUACGUCAGAAGGAAUUACGGCUGGUGGAACUUGAGGAUACGAAGGUCGACCUCGUUGCAAACGCCAAUCUUUUCGAGUCUCGAGUUCGUGAGUUGGAGUCUGAGUUGGAAGAGCGGGCAUUAAAGUUGUUGUACGAAUCCAACCGAGCUGAAAGACAUGAACGUGAAUGGGCUCAAAUUGAGGUGCAGCUUCGUGAUGAAGUAGGAAUGGUCGAAGCGCGCUCAGCAAAAGAAAUUGGUUUGCUGAAGAAAGAGGUGGCAUCGCUGUCCGAGUCAUCCAGUUCAGCCUUGGCGGAGGCGAGUUCUGUUCGUGAACGGUGGAUUAUCGAGGACAAAAAGCAUAUUGCGACGAUUGCCCGAAAGGAUGAAGUGAUUUUGACAUUGAAGAAGAAGCUUGGGGAAGUAAUGGCGGCAUACAAGCGUGUGAAGGGACGCCUGCAAGAAUUGCAGGACACGUUGACACAAAGCACCAAACUGAACAAUAGUCUGAAGGUGUCGAACGAUGAGUUGAACGCUCAGCGGUCGAAGUCUUUGAUGGAAUUGGAUGCGUUGAAAUGCGAGUUCACUUUAUUCCGCAAACAAUCAGUCGCAGAGGGAGACAAAUUGCGCCAAGCAGGCGAAUUGUUUGCGGCUUCCGAGGCGCAACUCGUAGCGCAACUCGAUCAGUAUAAGAAGCGCGUAUUAGCAUACGAUGAUGAGCUUGAUCAGAUGCGGAGACAACACGAUAUCGCUCUGCACGAGCAAAAGGAGACGCUACUAUUGGUUUCUGCUGCGAAUACGAAGGUCGCGGAGCUGCAGGAAUCACUUGCGGUGCUGACUGAAACUGCUGAGCGGAAGGAAGCCGAGAUCCACAGUAUGGCCAAGCGUAUGCGGCAUAUUGAGCAGGAGCGAACCAAAACUGUAAGCGUCUGCGAGGAAAUGGACCGAACACGUGAAGCCGAGCGGGUGGAGCUCGAAGCACAGUUGUCUAUGGCGAAUGAGAGCAUUGCGACUCUUCGUUCAGCUUCUAUUGCAAACGUUGGCCUACAAACCGAAUUUGUUUCACAGCUUGAGCACCAGAUUGAUAAACUUCAGCAGAAAGUAGAGGCCGAGAAGGAGGAAGCUGAUGCUGCUCGGGCUGCGCUGGGAACUUACAGGAAACGUGCACAUACUGCAUUGAAGAAAGCUUCCAGUGAGAACAGGCUAAAUUUGGACAAAUCCGCAGAAAUCAUUACCAAGCUGGAAAAAGAGGCAGGGACCGCAAAGGAUCGAAUACGCGUUUUGGAGACUGAGCUCGCAGAGGCGCGGCGACGAAUCAAGGAGGUCGUGAGUGCUGAAGAUGCAGGUGCAGAGAAGGCACUCGAGACCCUUAAGGCUGAAAAGCAUGUUCAGGAGACCUCACUGCGCUUAGAAAUCGACAGCCUGAAGAAGGAAGUGAUGCGGUUGGAAGACGCACUUGAAAAUGUGAAGGCGCCUCUCGAGUCACAGAUCAAGCAGCUCGUAGAGCGCAAUGAAGCCUUGGAUCACGAGAUUGUCUCGUUGAAAGAGGAAGGUCGUAUUAAAAACAAGUCUGUGGAGCAGGAAGUUCUCGCGAAGGAGGACGAGAUCAGCGACUUGUCGAAACAGCUCCAUGCUGCCCUCGCUGCUGCUACUUCGCUCGCUACAAACGAAGCUGGCCGUCGCUCGUACUCUCCUACGUACUCGCCAACCGAUAAGGAGAGGCGAUCGACGGCAUCUUCAUCGCGUUCGUUCGAAUACGACGGGAAUAAUAAUUCCUUGUACCGAGCGGUGAUCGAAGAGGAGCACGAACUCAUUGCUGCUGCAUUUGACGACUCGUGUGCAUCCAAAAUUGCAACCACCAAUAGGGCGGAACAGCAGUUAGAGAUUUCUGUGGACGUUGACGGCGAAGUCAUGAGGCUGGAGCUCUUGCUCAAGGAUGUGCAGGCCAGGUCUCGUGUCUUUGAAAGAAAGUAUGAAGAGGCAAUUGCGCUGCUGAUUGAGGCAAAUCAAGAGAAGCAGCGUCUGCAGGAGCUGGAUGAUCGAGCUACCCAGGAGAUUAACAUUGAGUAUCUGAAGAAUGUCAUCAUCAAGUACAUUGGAAGCCAAGUCCCAGGCGAGAAGGAGCAGCUAGUGCCUGUCAUUGCCACGCUGCUCAGCUUUAGUCCGCAAGAGCACCAUCAAGUGCGGGCUGCACAUAGCAAGGUGAAUGAGGAGGGCACCGGCUUGUUUGGCGGCGUGUUCUCGCUCUUCGGAGGCGGCGGAGCGUCCGCACCAGCGCCGAAGCCACUGGCAGCUCUGCACAAUGUCAAGCCUUCGCCUCGAAGUGCAAAGAGCAAGACAACCGGUGUAGCUCUUGGCAGCAAGGACAAGAACGGCGUGCUCCUAUUCGGCAGUGACCCCAGCGACGACGAGGAGUCGUUGACUCCGUUGAACCCGUUCACCGCAUAG